AUGGAAAAAGUAAUUAUUGGGCGACACAAUGUUGCAUACUUCAAUUCACUAUCAAUUCGACAGGCACGGGCCAUUCAAAUUAUCUACACAGAUAAUCACAUAUUUAAAAUUAAUACAAAUGAGUUCAACCAAAUUCCCAAUAUUAACAACAUAAAAGAUCAUCACGUUGUCGUUGUAUCAAUUGCGGGUGCAUUUCGAAAAGGCAAAAGUUUCCUGUUGAAUUUUUUCCUCAAAUAUUUGAAUGCCCAGUACAAAAGACAUGAUGUUUCGGAUUGGCUUGGUGAAAAUGGAAACAGCAGUGUAUUGAGUGGUUUCAAAUGGCGAGGUGGCAGAAAGCCUGAAACAAAUGGGAUUUGGAUGUGGUCGGAAGUGUUUACUCAUGACUUUAGCAAUGGCGAAAAGGUUGCCAUCAUUCUACUGGAUACGCAAGGAAUUUUCGAUCAUCAAAGCACUCGACGCGAUUGCACUACGACCUUUGCACUCAGUAUGCUAUUGGCCUCGGUGCAUUGCUAUAAUGUCUUGCAAAAUGUCCAAGAAGAUGACUUGGAAAAUUUGGAAAUGUUCACCGAAUAUGGUAGACUUGCAAUUGAACAAACCCAUCAAAAACCAUUUCAAAAGUUGCUUUUCAUCAUUCGAGAUUGGCCGAAUGCAUUUGAAACUGGCUACGAAUGGAACGGUCAACAAGUGAUCGAUGAAAUUCUGAGCGAAGCUGAUGGCCAAACGGUCGAAAAUCACCAGCUAAGAGAACGCAUCAAGUCAAGUUUCGAAGAGGUUAAGGCAUUUUUGCUCUGCCUCACCCAGGCAGAGCUGUGGCAAAUGGAACAUUCACCGGGCAAUUGCAACAAAUCGAUC